AUGAUUGAUCCACUCUCCUUGGCAGGCUUGACGAUCACGAUCGUCGAUGUCCUGAUCAAGCUUGGAGAAAGAACCGCGGAGCUUAUAUCGGAUGCGAAUGCCUUCGAGAGCGACUCGAACGAAAUGCGGCAUCUUGUCAAUGACGAGAACCUUCAAACGAAGCUUCUCCGCAAUCUGCUCUUUUCUGAGUGCAUGGUUUAUGGCGGGAAAACUCUAUUCGAGCAAUUCGACUCAGACAUCCAGCGGCAGAUCGAGCUCCUUUGCGUCGAGAUCAAAUCCAUUCUACAGGAAAGCGUCGACCUUCUGGAGCGUCGGUACGGUAUUUCUCGAGAAUCCUCAACCUCCUCUUUGUUAAACGUAUCUACCUCAUCGCUGUCGCGGAUUCGGUCAACAUCAUCUGGCUCAAUACACAACCUAUCAUGGGGUCGGACUAGCCCUUCUCUGCCGGGACUUCUCAGGUGGUCUUUGCGCGAUAAGAAACGAGUCGAGGCUAUUCUGCAGUUGUUCAAAGAUCGCAAUUCCCGCUUGAAGAAAAAGGUCGAACUCUGGUGUCUUGCGUCACAGCUAGGUGUUUCGCCGGAGCAUUUGAUGCAUCUUCAAACGGACGAAUCGUCAAGAAAACUCGGUUUUGAUCAAGAUGCCUCCCUGCGUCUAGCACAAUGGGAUGCGGACAAGAUGACAGAUUCUCUGGAGCUUAUAGAUCCAGUAUGGGACUCACAUCUCAAAGAGAUUCAAUUUAUCGAUCACCAAGGCAUGUUCGCGAUGUUCACAAAAGAUAGUGUGGCCUAUAUCCAGGAGAAUCAUCAUUAUGAUGCUUCGGGAACUCCCGCGAUACCUGGGCACGACAUCGAUCGGCGGACUAGAGGACGGAUUGAAUCUCUCGCCAAACUUCUGCAUCAACCGAAGGAGCAAGUCUUUCGCGUCCUCCCCUGCGUGGGGUGGAAAUAUCUGCCAAGUCAAAGCUCGAUCGCGUUUGUUUUUGAGGUUCAACCCAAACCUAUAGGGGCGCCAGUCAGUCUUCAAAGACUCCUCUUCAAUGCCGAUCUCCGCCCCGAACUAGGAGACAAAUUUCGCCUUGCUCUCGGUCUCUCCCAGUGCAUUGCCCAGAUGCACAUGUUACAUGAGAGCUUCCGAAGCGACAACAUCCUACUUCUACCCCACCAUGUUGAGCUUGAAAAGGUAGGCACUCGCGUCACAGUAAACUACCCAGAGCCAUGGGUUCUUGGAUUUGAAUUCAGCCGCCCAGAACCUUUUUUCUCGGUGGGACAUUCCGACUUUGAGCCCACUCGCGACAUCUACCGCCACCCGGACCGCCAAGGCCAGCCAAUGGAGAUGUUCAAGAAGAUUCACGACAUUUACGCGCUAGGUGUUGUGCUAUUAGAAAUUGGGUUAUGGGAGCCGGCCGUCAAGUUGGAGAAAAACAUGUUCUCCCACGCUAAUAAUCCGCGCGCCGUUCAAGCACAAUUGAUCAAACAUGCCCAAAGAAGGCUGGAAUCACGUGUUGGGAAAAAGUAUAAAGAGGUUGUGAUUAAGUGUCUGACAGGUGAAUUCGGUGUGGAGGAUGAUACGAAGGAAGAUUUAAAGUUGCAGCAGGCUUUUCGGCAUCAGAUAGUUGAUGUGAUCGAGAUGGCUGCAAAUUAUGUAUAG